AUGGUGACUUUCCUCCUAGUUUACAUGCUCUGUGUGCCAAGAACAGUACAGGACAGAACAUUUAUGGUACAGAACAGUGCCAUGUGGUACAGGACAGUGCCAUGUGGUACAGACCAUUAUGGGUUUAUAUCUUAUUUGUUACUUUUCAGUGACAGUGGAAGUUCUUCUGGAGAUGAAGAAGACAAAACUUCAAGAAGCCAGUCCCACAGCAGCAAACACAAGGAGAAGAAAAAGCAUAAACACAAACACAAGCACAAGAAGCAUAAAAAACACAAACACAAAAAGCACAAGCAUGAGAAGACCAAUGACGAAGAAGAUGAUUCCAGGAGGAAGAAAAGGAAAAAGUUGGAAGAAAACCCAAUCGAUGACUUAGAAAGAGUAAAGGCAGAUCUCAGGGCAGAAUUGGAGGCACAGUCUCUACAAAAUGGAGAUUCAUUAAGUGAGUCAGAUGUCAAAGGUCAAAGUCAGGGUGACCCUGAAAAGGUCAGUGCUAUGUCUCUGAUAGCAUCAGGCUACCUCAGUGAGGAAGAAGGUGAGGUGGACCAUGAGGAACAUGUUCACAGACUCCUCGAGGAACGCCUUUUGGCUGCAAGAAACCAGCCAGAAAAUGACGAGGACCAAAAAAGUGAGACCAGUCAUGCUCAUGCCAAAAGUGUAUCCAAUGAUAAUGACACCAACAAUGACAUUGAAGAAGGUGAAUUUGACCAACCGUCCUCCAAAGCAAGGCGAGAUAAAAACAGGGACAAAAAGAAAAGAAGUCGAUCCAGGGACAGAAAACGCAGUAGAUCUAGAGAUAGAAAGCGAAGUAGAUCGAAGGAAAAAAGACGAAGUAGAUCAAGAGAGAAAGAGAGACAGAUAAGUAGAUCGAAAGAAAGAAGGAGUGGAUCCAGAGGGAAACGAAGCAAGUCCAAAGAGAGAAAAUUCAGGGAAUUCAAGGAGGAAAAAUCCCCUUCACGGAAGAAAAGUCGCUCACCAGUCAGAAGGAAAAGUAAGACACCGCCGCGCCAUAGGAGCAAGUCGCCCAACAGCAGGCGAGACAGGCCAUCAGAGCGGACUAAGUCACCUGAUAGAAGAGAGACGAGAAGAAGGUCCAAUACACCUGAUAGAAGAGAGUCAAGACGAAGGUCCAAUUCAACUGAGGUCAGAGGCCGCAGGGAGAGGUCACCAGACAGACGCGACAGGAAAGAGCUGUCUGAGAAGGAACGUGAGGCAGAGUGGGAGAGGCCCAGGAGAGGGGUGGAGAGGAGCCGAGAAGCCAGGGAGAGGUCCAGAGAGAGAUGGCUGGCAGAGAGGGGAGAGAGAUCUCCCAGAAGAGGUGCUAGAGACCGUGCAGGCCAUCGCAGCAGGUCACGUGACAGGAACCGUCGCAGAAGUCACACCCCAAGUGCAGAAGACAAGUUCAAGGGCAGCUUGUCCGAGGGUUUGGCACUGCAGGACAAAGAGUCCUCAGAAGAAGAAAUUAUUGAGGACAUUGAGAUUUCAGAUGAUGAAGAUGAGGAAAAGAUUAUACAGAGGCGGAGGAUGGAACGCGAGAAACUGCUCUUGCAACUCCAGACCCAGGAAGACAGCCGUGACAUUGUCUCACUGCCACCUGGUGAGGAAAGCAGAGCUGACUCCGACUCUCAGAUGCCCAGCGGAAUAGCCUCCCCUGACAGUGAUGUCAGUGACGUAGCAGACCAGGCAGCUGACGAUGCUGCAGAAUACGCUAGGAUGAUCCUCUCGUCUAAUGACUUUGAGGAGUCCAUUAACGAGAAGCUGAGGCAGAUGACCAGCUAUAAGGAGAAAACUGAAGAGAACGGAGAUACUCCAGAAAAAUCCAAGUUUGAGACAGAAAAAGAAAAAGAAGAUAACAAAAAGAAAUUUUCAAAUGGCUUGGAUAUGUUCUCAGAGGAGGACAUAUUUAGCAAUGAGGACUACAAUAGCCCCAACCUGAUGAGGCAGGUGUCUGGUAUUGGCAACGACAACCCAUCUCUGACUGACAACUGGGACGAUGCUGAGGGAUAUUACAGGGUGCGUAUUGGUGAGACGCUGGACAAACGCUACCAGGUGUAUGGCUUCACGGGCCAGGGGGUGUUCAGUAACGUGGUGCGUGCGCGCGACCAGGCACGUGGGAACCACGAGUGUGCAAUCAAGAUCAUCAGGAACAAUGAAAUGAUGCACAAGACAGGACUGAAGGAGUUGGAGUACCUGAAGAAGUUGAAUGAUGCAGAUACAGAAGACAAGUUUCACUGUCUGCGGCUGUAUCGCCAUUUCUUCCACAAGCAACAUCUCUGCCUCGUAUUUGAAUCGUUAAACAUGAACCUGCGUGAGGUGUUGAAGAAAUACGGGAAAGACAUUGGUCUCCAUAUUAAAGCCGUCCGUUCCUACAGCCAGCAGCUGCUCCUAGCCCUGAAACUGUUAAAGAAAUGCAGCAUUUUACACGCAGAUAUCAAACCUGACAACAUCUUGGUUAAUGAGUCCAAACUAGUGUUGAAGCUGUGUGACUUUGGUUCUGCCUCCCACAUCUCUGAGAAUGAUAUCACACCAUACUUAGUCAGUCGAUUCUACAGAGCGCCUGAAAUCAUCCUGGGUAUGGGCUAUGACCACAACCUUGACCUGUGGUCAGUGGGGACCACCCUGUUUGAGCUGUACACUGGGAAGAUCAUGUUCCCUGGGAAGACCAACAAUGAGAUGCUGAAACUGAUGAUGGACAUCAAGGGGAAGAUGCCCAACAGGGUGAUACGCAAGGGAAUGUUCAAGGACAACCAUUUUGAUAGCACUUAUAAUUUUAUGUAUCAUGAGGUCGAUAAGGUGACACAGAGGGAAAAAGUAACUGUCCUUGGUAAUGUCAGCCCCAGCCGCGACCUUCUCGCUGAGCUGAUUGGCUAUCAACGACUUCCUGAGGACCAGAUGAGGAAAGUGACACAACUCAAGGAUCUUCUGGAGAAAAUGCUCAUGUUGGAUCCAGCGAAACGGAUCAGCAUCAACCACGCGUUAACACACCCAUUCAUCCAGGAGAAGAUUUGAUCAUCUUGAGAGAGCGAGAGAUAAUAUUAUGACAACUGGAAUCAGGUUUGAUUGGUGAUAAAGGUUGUACUGAUCAAAAAUUAGGAAGUUUUUGUUCUGACUUAUUGGUUGAAAUGCAUUAUGACAAUACA